AUGUCCGAACCGCGCAGUCCUGAGCCCGAGCUCAAGCCCGCCGCUGAUGUGGAUGAACAAGAACAACAACAGGAAGCGCCCCCGACGCCCGGCGGCGACGCCGUUUCCGACGAAGAACCCGCUAAGGAGGUAGAGGCGGAGGCAGAGCCAGAAGCCGAAGAGCAACAAGAACAAGACCAAGGAGAAGAAGAGGCCGCGCAAGACAAUGGUGGCGAUAAUGAUGACGAUGACGACGAAGACAAGAUCUCCGACGACGAAUCCAUUCUUUCGGAAGUCGACGAAGCCCAGUUCGAGGACUUCGAUCCCGAGAAUGUCGACAUCGAGGACCGGCCGCAGCUGGCGAUUGACGAGGAUAACUUGAAGCUGAUCGGACGGCAUAAGCGGAAGCGUACAGAGGGCGGGGAUGAAGAGCGCUCGAAGAGGAAGAGAGAGGGACGUCGCGAGAAGAAGAGUCGGAGGAUGAGGGAAUUGGAGGACGGAGGCGCGAGUGACGAGGAGAAGGCUAGUCGGAGGAGAAAGAAGAAGGAGGCAGAGAUUGCGGAAGAGGAGUUGUUGGAUCCGGCUACGAAACGGCGGAGAGCUCUUGAUCGCGCGAUGGACGAGGCGCUGAAGAAGCCUACUAAGAGACGGUUCAGAAAGGCCGAUGGCAUUGACCUGGAACAAAUGGCCGAUGCUGAAAUCGAAGAUAUGCGCAAGCGCAUGACCCACGCUGCGCAGAUGGACGCUAUCAACCGUCGCGAGGGCAAGCCUGCCAUGCACAAGCUGAAGAUGCUUCCUGAGGUAGUCUCGCUGCUCAACCGCAACCAAUACGUCAACAGUCUGGUCGACCCCGAAAUCAACCUGCUGGAAGCGGUCAAAUUCUUCCUGGAGCCCUUGGAUGAUGGUUCCUUGCCGGCGUACAACAUUCAGCGGGAUCUGAUGACUGCGCUGGGCAAGCUGCCGAUCAACAAGGAAGCUCUGGUUGCCAGUGGUAUCGGCAAGGUCAUUGUCUUCUACACCCGGAGCAAGCGUCCAGAGCCCGGCAUCAAGCGCAUGGCGGAGCGCCUGCUGGCCGAAUGGACGCGCCCGAUCCUCCAGCGCAGCGAUGAUUACUCGAAGAGGGUAUACCAGGAGGCUGCCUUUGAUCCUACUAAACUGAGCACGACACGCACUCCAUCGGUACAGGCCACUGCUGCAGAGGCUCGUGCCCGUGAGCUACUGCCUCCUCGUCUGGCGAACCGCGCGCGCGCUGACAUGACUCACACGAGCUAUACGGUGGUGCCGCGACCGACGAUGGUACAGGAGAGCAAGUUUGCGCGACCUCUGGGAGCGAGCGGCGAGGAUCGCUUCCGUAAGAUGCGGGCGCGGCAGAUUGCGGCGAGCAAGGGAUCCCGUCGUUGA